AUGUCGGAUAAAAGUCCUCAUAGCGACGCAGUCGCGAGCUCGACCCCCAAAUCUCCAAAUCGUGCCAAUCCAGUGCAUAAAGCCACACCGGUGGUUCAGAGUACUUGUGCGAAUUGCGAUCAGCUGGACGAUGAUGAUAUGGUGCAAUGCGACACUUGCGAUGUGUGGCACCAUUUCUCGUGUGUGGGUGUUUCCGCGGACGUCAUGGACCAUAGUUGGGUUUGCUUGAAAUGCGCUACCGCGAAAGCAACCAAAUGUGUGAAAUCCCGAAGGAAGAAACCAGUGCAGAAAAAAUCGUUCAUCAAGAAGGUGGUUCGGCCAAGUAAUGCGAAAUGUGCGAAGAAGGUGACCGCUACAGCGAAGCGGGCCGAUGGUGUUGGUGUUUCGGAUGGGCAACGUGGAGCAGUUCCAGUUGCUACAACGAGCGGAAACAAGGAGCGUGUGAAGGCGGCAGUACAGUCGAUAGUGCGCAAAGCCGGUUCAGUUCGAGGUUCAGUUGCAUCGGCAGCAUCAGCCAAGGCGCGUUUGGAUGUGGAACUUAAGCGGAUUGAGGCAGAAGAAGCAUUGAUGCAGGAAGAGAUACGUCGUAAGCGGAAAUUAGUGAAGAAGAAAUUUGACGUCCUGAAGGAGAUGGCUGAUUUGGAAGGCAGUGGUGAGUCUGUUCCUGAUCUGCAGAUUUCCCGUAAGAAAGUGGUGGAUUGGUUGAAGCAUCGAGACGAGAAGCGUACGUCGAUCGAAGAUUCCAGCGUUGAUUCGGAAAACGAAAGCGAGACUGAAGAUUCGUGGGAGGAUGACGAUUCCAGCGAAGAUUCGAGCGAGGGUUCCGGAGAAGAGCCAACAUCUGUCAGUGAAACGGAUCGUUAUGACGAUGACAGGCGACGCAGGAGAUCGACGAUGAAACCAACCAGGAAAAUACGGAAAGACGCCAGCAGGCCCGUACGCAACAACCAACUCUCCAAAAACGAACUAGCAGCGCGCCAGGUCGUUCCCCGCGAGUUACCUAAAUUUAACGGUAAUCCUGAGGAAUGGCCAAUGUUCCUGUCUACGUAUGAGGAUACUACGAAGAUGUGCGGGUAUACCGAAGCCGAAAACAUGAUUCGUUUGAGAAACUGUUUGAAGGGGGACGCAUUCAAUGCCGUUCGAAGUUUCUUAAUGCGACCUGAAACUGUGGAAAGAGCGAUCAGUGCAUUGAAAUUGCGUUUCGGAAGGCCGGAGACAAUAAUCGAGUACCUGAAGGACAAAAUUGUGUCGAUGCCGAGUAUUAAGCCUGACGCUAUGGACAAGCUUGUGGAUUUUGCUCUAGAGGUACAAAAUCUGUGUGCCACUGUAGAAUCUUGUGGAGCACAAGAGUACAUGUUUGAUAUGACGCUGCUGAAGGAGUUCGUCAAGAAAAUGCCCCCGCAAAUACGACUGGACUGGGCGCGGUACAAAAGGAAGCUUUCCAAGGUGCAACUGACCACCUUCAGCCAAUGGAUCUACAAUUUGGCGGAAGAUGUGAACGUGGUGUUCGAGCCUCAGUGCCGAGGGAGCAAGAAUCAGGAAUUUCAACGAGUUCGAAAGGAAAAGUACGUGAAUACUCACUCAGAGGUCAUUGCCAAGGACAAACAUCAGCAACAGCAUUCGGCUCCAAGCAGCACAGUGACCGGAGACAGCAAACCUUGCCCGGCAUGCAAGGGUGAUUGCAAAAAUCUCGGGAAAUGCAAGCGAUUCCAGGAGCUAUCGUACGAAGCGAGAUGGGCGACAGUUCGUGGAUUCAACUUUUGCCGCAAGUGUUUACGACAGCACAAAGGUGGUUGCAACUCUGUUGUUUGCGGAAAGAAUGGUUGCACCUUCAAGCAUCAUGUAUUACUCCAUAAGGAUAUGUCUGUUCCAGCAGGACCGAGCAGAGGCGCAUUUAACACACGUGAACCGCAAAGUCAGAAUGAAGAACGCAAUGUGAAUACACACCAGUCUGGUAUGGGUCCCGGUUCUUUUCGCUACUUGCCAGUAACUCUGUUUGGAAAUGGAGUGCAGGCAAAGUGUCACGCCUUUUUGGACGACGGAUCAGAGCUCACUCUAAUCGACCAGGAAUUAGCCGAGGAGUUAAAUCUGUCUGGAGAUGUCCUUCCACUUUGUCUAAAGUGGACGGGUGGCACACACCGGUACGAGUCCAAUUCAAGGAGUGUAAACAUUGAGAUCAGCGGACACGGAGGGAAACGAACGUGGCUUCAGGACGUAAGAACGGUUGAAGAGUUGCAGUUACCUUUCCAAUCUUUGGAUAUGGCUCAUCUCGCGGAGAAGCACACAUACUUACGUGGAUUGCCGGUUGAAUCUUAUUCAAACGUCCGCCCGCGAAUACUGAUAGGUCUACGGCACGCCAAUCUCAUGUUAGUUCGUCGGAGCCGCGAGGGAACGAUAGGUGAACCGAUUGCCGUGAAAACAAAUCUCGGCUGGACGGUGUAUGGUGGUUGGACCAUGGAGAACUCGUUAAACAACACCAGUCACACUUAUCAUAUCUGUACCUGCAACGAGCAAAGCGAAACAUAUCUCAACCAAAUGGUAAAAGACUACUUUUCCAUCGACAGUUUGGUAGUCAAGCCGAACCAGCUCCGAAUGUCUAAAGAUGACGAACGUGCCAUGUCACUGCUUGAAUCUCGUACACACUUCAACGGAGUCCGCUACGAAACGGGACUGCUGUGGCGUUCUGAUAAAAUUCGUUUGCCGGAUAAUGAAGCUGUAGCAGUUCGUCGUUGGAGAUGUUUGGAGAAGCGCAUGGAAAAGGAUGAGGAUCUGGCGAAUACCAUGAACGAGAAGAUUGCGGAAUAUAGGACGAAAAACUACAUCCGUAAGUUGACAUCGGAGGAGCUUGCAGCAAAGUACGAUCGGGUUUGGUAUUUGCCUAUUUUCCCGGUAUUCAACCCAAAUAAACCCGGAAAAGUGCGGAUUGUCUGGGACGCUGCCGCACAAGCGUAUGGAAUAUCCUUGAACUCGGCACUCCUCACUGGUCCAGAUCUACUAGCAUCGUUGGUUGGCAUACUAUAUCGGUUUCGGGAGUAUCGGAUCGGUGUGUGUGCGGACAUUCGAGAGAUGUUCCACCAGAUGGGGAUAAUUCCCGAAUACCAGCAUUGCCAGCGUUUCCUGUGGGGUGAUCGUGAUGAAGACGGGCCGAGCACAUACAUAAUGCAAGUUAUGACCUUCGGAGCGAGCUGUUCCCCAGCCACGGCCCAGUAUGUGAAGAACAGGAACGCCGACAGAUUCGAGGAAGAAUUUCCGGAAGCGGUAGCCGUCAUCAAAGAAGGGCACUAUGUGGACGACAUGGUGAUAAGCGUAGAAACGGAACAGAAAGCGGUUGAGCUGGCUGAAGCAGUACGGUUCAUACACAUGCAAGGUGGAUUUGAGAUCCGUAAUUGGGUAUCGAACUCGUCAUUGGUACAACUCAAAAUGAACGGAGAGAAGGCGGUUGAAAAGGACUUAAAUAUUACUACCGAGCUAGCAAACCAGAAAAUACUGGGAAUGUGGUGGGAUACGCGAGAUGAUGUCUUCAAGUACAAGAUUUGCUGGACGAGAUUUGAUCAAGCGUUGCUCAAUGGAAGUCGUUGCCCUACAAAAAGGGAGAUUCUCCGGACGCUAAUGACAAUUUACGAUCCACUAGGUCUCAUCGAUCAUUUCCUGAUCCUGCUGAAAAUCCUCCUGCAAGAAGUAUGGCGCGCUAAUGUUCAAUGGGACGAGAGUAUUCCUGAGAAUUUGUUCGAGAGAUGGCGUGAUUGGGUACGUUUGCUGCCAGAGUUAGAACAACUGCGGAUUCCUAGAUGCUACCGGCAAAUUGUGACGUCAACGGAAGCUGCUACUAUCGAAAUGCACGUUUUUGUAGAUGCGAGCGAAAGCGCCAUGGCGGCGGUCGUAUACCUGCGAUUAACGGAAGGCGGUAACGUGGAAUGCGCGCUGGUGGCUGCCAAGACACGGGUAGCACCUAUCAAGUACACUUCAAUUCCACGGCUGGAGCUCCAGGCUGCUGUUCUCGGCUGCAGACUGGCGGCUAGCGUUACACAAAACCUGACAAUGAAAAUCUCCAAACGCACAUUCUGGACCGAUUCUCGGAAUGUACUUUGUUGGCUACGAGCCGACCACAAACGAGGUACACCUGUAGCCUUUUAUAGCGACCGAGGAACCAACUUUGUGGGUGCCAACCGGGUGCUACAGGAGAUCCAUCGGGUAAUCGACCAAAAUCAACUAAUGAACGAGUUCGUUACUUCAUCCACGGCUUGGCACUUCAACCCACCAGCGUCGCCCCACAUGGGCGGUAGUUGGGAGCGUCUAGUCCAAUCGGUCAAGCGCAAUCUGGUGGAAGUUCUACGUGUACGACGACCAAGCGAUGAAGAGUUAAGGAACGCUCUAACGGAAAUAGAAGGUGUACUCAACGCGCGCCCUCUUACUCACGUGCCCAUCGACGACGAAGCCGCACCAGCUUUAACUCCCAACCACUUCCUUUUGGGCUCAUCUGAUGGAUCUAAGCCGUUGACGACGAUCGAUGCGGAUACUGCGGUGUUACAACGAGGGUUCCCAACGUCCCAGUGGUUAGCAAACCUGUUCUGGAAACGCUGGAUUAGGGAUUACCUUCCCGAUAUAACACGGCGCUCGAAGUGGCACAUGAAGAUGAAACCUUUGCAGGUAGGAGAAAUUGUGGUCAUUGCGGACCACGAGAACCCCAGAAACUGUUGGCCCAAAGGGCGGGUCAUCGGAGUGGUAACCAGCGGAGGACAAACUCGUAAGGCUACCGUGCAGACUAUCAGCGGGAUCUACGAGCGGCCAACGGUGAAGCUGGCAGUGUUGGAUGUCAGGCGCGAGACGGAGUAA